AUGAGGAGUUUGAGUUUACUCGCAGGCUGCGCUGCAGCGCUGCUUUCCUUCGCAAAUGCCGAGGCCAACCUCAGUAACCCUGAUGUAUCCAAGCAGAUGCUCAGCGGCACCUUUGAACCUCCGCAGGUCUUCCAGCACACCAACCUCGUACGAACUGUCAACCUGGAGAAGGAGUACCCUCGUGAGACAGUCAAUGUGGUUGUCGAGAACAUCGAUUCGAAGCCUCAACAGGACUACUACUUGCCCUUCCCUCAGGACCUGAUCGCCAGAGUCGGAGGUCUGGACGUCAAGGACAAGAACAAGCCAGAUGCCAUCUUCCCUAGCCCGGAGAUUGUUGGCAUUGACACAUACAGCCCCAUCGAGUACUACCGCAUCAGGUUCCCCUCCCCCUUGGCCCCCAAGGAGAAGCUCACACUGUCCAUCACCUACUCAAUCCUGUCCGCUUUGAACCCUCUGCCCGCCACCAUCAACCAAGCCGACAAGCAAUAUGUUCAGAUUACUCUCAACGCCUACACCAACUCGGCCUACAAGACCAUCAAGCAAAAGACUAAGCUCAAGAUGCCCACCAAUGAUGUUCCUGAGUACACUGUAGUCGGCACCAACGCCGAAGGUCAGGAGGAUCCCGUCAAGCAGGGCGUUACUUUCACCUAUGGUCCCUAUGGCGAAGUCCCUGCCGGUGCCAACCAGCCCGUCUCGUUGAGAUACGAGUUUACCAAGCCUCUGCUACAUGCCACUCUUGUGGAGCGUGACAUCGAAGUCAGUCACUGGGGAGGUAACAUUGCUACCGAAGAGCGUUACUGGCUCGAGAACAGAGGCGCCACCCUCAAGAACCAGUUCUCGCGUGUCCAAUGGCAACAGACUCAGUACUUUAACCCUCCUACAUCAGCUCUGAAGGAGCUUGAGUAUCCUCUCAUUAUCGGAAGCGCAAACCCUUACUUCAUCGACGACAUCGGCAACGUCAGCACCUCUCGUUUCCGUCCUAGAAACACCCCCAAGGAGGCUCUUCUUCAGCUCAAGCCCCGUUACCCUGUGUUCGGUGGCUGGAAAUACAGCUUCAAGGUUGGUUGGGACAACGACCUCAAGAGCUUCUUGCGCAAGCUCAAGACUGGCGAUGGUUACGUCCUUAAGGUUCCUUUCAUUGAGGGACCCAAGCAGUCCGAGGGUCUUGAGAUUGAGAAGUUGACUACCAAGAUCCCCAUCAUCUCGUCCGAGGUCAGCACACACCGCACCUUCAUGGACACGAUGGGCCGCUCGACGCUCAAGCUGACUGCAUUGAACGUUGUCGACGACUUCCGCGGCAAGGACCUUGUCGUGACUUAUGAUUAUCCCUUCCUCGCAGGCUUCAGGAAGCCUAUUGUCAUCUUCAGCUCCCUCAUGGGUACUUUCGGUGUCGCAUAUCUCAUUAGCAGACUCGAUGUCAGCAUCGGCAGAAAAGCGUAG